UGCAAGAUGUCCUGCUACGACCUGUCCCCCAGCUCUGCCUGCGGCGUCCUCCGCCCCCAGCCCCUGGCUGAGAGCGGCAACGAGCCCUGUGUGCGGCAGUGCCCCGACUCCACCACUGUGAUCCAGCCACCCCCCGUGGUUGUCACCUUCCCCGGGCCCAUCCUCAGCUCCUUCCCUCAGGAUUCAGUCGUGGGAUCCUCCGGAGCCCCCGUCCUCGGAGGCUAUGGGGGAUUUGGAUCCCUGGGUUAUGGGGGUUAUGGAUCUCUUGGCUAUGGGGGUUAUGGAUCCCUGGGCUAUGGAGGUUAUGGAUCCCUUGGCUAUGGAGGAUAUGGAUCCCUUGGUUAUGGGGGAUAUGGAUCCCUUGGCUGUGGGGGUUAUGGCUCCCUGGGCUAUGGGGGUUAUGGAUCCCUGGGUUAUGGUGGUCUGUGGGGCUAUGGGGGCUCCUCCCUGGGUUCCCGGGGUCUGUAUGGCUAUGGCAGAUCCUUUGGCUUUGGCUCUUGCAGCCCUUACUCCUCCAGGUCCAGCAGGUACAGCCGCGGCAGCUGCGGGUCCUGCUGA